AUGGCGCUACCUUGGGCCUUCGUCCUCCUCCCUGCCCUCUUCUUCCUCUCCUCCUCUGUAUCCAACCUCUUCUUCUCCAACAGCAGCAGCAAUGGGAGUGGAGGGAGAUGUUCCCUCUGCCCACAGUCUCCAGAGGUCUCCUUCUGUCCACUGUCUCCAGAGGUCCCCUAUAUUGUCAGCACGAGGUACAGGACUGCCUACCACUUCCAGCCUCCCAUGAAUUGGAUCAAUGAUCCAUGUGGUAUGAAUAUCUCGGCGCAAACACCUCUAAAUAAAAAGGAGGAGUUGCAGUAUUCUAACAAUUAUACUUCCUUUAUAAAUAUUUCAGGACUAAUGUACUACAAAGGCAUCUACCAUAAUUUCUACCAGUAUAACCCCCACUGCGCCCUCUGGUGUUGGGGUGACAUAGCUUGGGGCCAUUCGGUUUCGACAGACCUUGUCAACUGGAUCCAGCUUGAACCCGUGAUAGAACCGGAUAACCCGAGUGACAUAGAUGGCUGCUGGACCGGUUCAGCCACAAUUUUGUCUGGUGGUCAACCGGUCAUCCUAUACACCGGUGUCAGCAUAGACAACUGUCAGGUCCAAAACCUUUUGCUUCCCAGGAACCUGUCUGACCCGUACCUGAGAGAAUGGACCAAAGCAGGCAAUAACCCAGUGAUCCAACCGGUAGUACCGGGUUUGAACAGAAGCUGCUUCAGGGAUCCGACAACCGGUUGGAUCGGACCAGAUGGACUGUGGAGGAUAGCAGUUGGUGCUCAGCUGUACAGCUACACCGCUGCACUUUUGUACAAGAGUGAAGACUUUCUGAGUUGGACAAGAGUUGAUCACCCACUGUAUUCUCAUAAUUUGUCCAAUAUGUGGGAGUGCCCGGAUUUCUUUGCGGUAUUGCCAGGCUAUAACAGUGGACUGGACAUGUCCGUAGCGAUCCCAAGAGGCGCCAAGCAUGCCCUCAAAAUGAGCGUGGGUUACUUUGACAAGUACUUGAUUGGGGUUUAUGAUCUCAAACGUGAUGCCUUUGUGCCUGAUACUAUCGUAGAUGACUGUCGGCUGUGGCUGAGGAUUGAUUAUGGCAAUUUCUAUGCUUCAAAGUCAUUCUUUGACUCGAAAAAGGGCAGGAGGAUCAUAUGGGGUUGGUCUCAGGAGGCAGAUUGUCGUUCAGAUGAUGUUGCAAAAGGUUGGGCAGGAAUCCAUACAAUCCCCAGGACGAUUUGGUUAGACGGCAAUGGCAAGCAGUUGCUGCAAUGGCCAGUUGAUGAGAUUGAGUCCCUUCGAACAAAUGAAAUCAACCAUCAAGGACUUGAGCUCAACAAGGGAGAUUUGUUUGAGAUCAAUGGAGUUGACACUUUUCAGGCUGAUGUGGAGAUAUAUUUUGAGUUGACGUCCAUCGAUGCCGCCGAACCUUUUGAUCCUUCCUGGCUUUUGGACCCAGAGAAGCAUUGUUGUGAAGCCGGUGCAUCGGUUCAUGGUGGUAUAGGGCCAUUUGGACUUGUUAUUCUGGCCUCAAACAACAUGGAUGAGCACACUGUCGUGCACUUCAGAGUCUACAAAUCACAGCGAAAGUACAUGAUACUCAUGUGCUCUGAUCUAAGAAGGUCUUCCAUCAGACCAUCACCGUACACACCAGCCUAUGGAGGCUUCUUUGAACUUGAUCUUGCAAAGGAGAGGAAUAUAUCUCUUAGAACUCUGAUUGAUCGGUCGGCGGUGGAGAGCUUCGGUGGUGGUGGUAGGGUUUGCAUCACGUCCAGAGUUUAUCCAGCGGUGCUCGCUGGUGUCGGCAAGGCCCACAUGUAUGCCUUCAACAAUGGAAGUGCCACGGUCAGGGUGCCACAGCUCAGCGCAUGGACCAUGAGGAACGCACAUGUGAAUGUGGAGAAUGGUUGGAGUGCUAUUUAA